AUGGAAAUGGACUUCUACGACAUUGCCAUGCGGGCCCCAUCGGCCGAGCACUGCUGCUCAGUGAACCCGUGGAAGUCUCGACUGGCCCUCAACUUCAAGAACAUCCCCCACACCACCAAAUGGGUCCCCCUCCCCGAGAUCCCCAAGUUCCGCCGCGAGCUCGGCCUGCCCGCCUGCCGCAAGCACGCCGACGGCUCCGACUUCUUCACCCUCCCGGUCCUGGUCGACCAUGGCACCGGGUCCAAGGUGGGCGACUCGUUCGACAUCGCCCUCUACCUGCAGAAGACGUACCCGGACUCGGGCGACGGCGACCUCUUCCCGGCCCAGAAGCUGGACUUCCACUUCGACCCCAUCCUCCCCGCCUGGGCCCCGCCGCUGUCGGUGCGGAGCGACUCCGAGCAGGAGGAGUACGCCAGCUUCAACACAUCCGUCGACGCAGCCUUCUCGGCCCACGCCGGCCUCGCGGGCUACAACAUGCCGGUCGACUCGGAGGCCACCCGCGACGAGUUCAUCCGCCGUGCUGGGGCCAAGUCCUGGGACGACUUCGAGGUCAAGGGCGAGGUCCGCGAGCAGAUGAUCCAGUCUCUCAAGGCCAUGCUCGGGGAUCUCUCCAGGGAGUUCACAAAGAACACCGGCGGGCCGUUCACCCUGGGCGCGCGGGCCACGUAUGCCGAUCUCAUCGUCGGCGGCUGGCUGUACAUGAUGAGCAGGACUCUUUCGGACGGCGAGUGGCAGCAGGUCAGGGGUUGGCACGGGGGCGUGUUUGGUGAUUUGUUCGAUGGGUUGAAGAAGUAUGCCGAAGUGAAGUAG